AUGGGAAAGCGUGAGAAGUCCGAAGCGACAUUGUCCCAAUCGGCAGUGUCGCUCGUCCUUCCUCCCUCGCUGUACCUUGGGCCUCGCUCAGCAGCUUCGUCUAAGGCAUUCCUAACGGCGAAUUCAGUCUCCCACGUUCUGAACGUCGGUUCAAGUCCCGCUGACAAAGUCGAGGGCGUAACCUACCAUCGCAUCUCUCUGAGCGACUCUCCAACGUCGUCGAUCUCUAAAGUCUGCGAUCCAGCCUGCGAGAUUAUCGAUGCUGCCCUCAAAUCCAACAAUGGCAUGGGCAAAGUCCUCAUACAUUGCUCAGCAGACAUCUCGCGCUCUCCUAUGAUCGUCGCAGCGUAUCUCAUGAAACGGCACAAGAUGUCGUUGAAGGCGGCACUGCGGCAGAUCAUUCAAGUCCGGCCACAGAUCUCGCCCAACCCGGGGUUCCUUCAGCAGCUGAAAGAGUUGGAGAUGGAGCUGUUCGGAAUUGUGUCAUUGGAUGUAGAUGAGCUUCCGAAGCGCGAAAAGGACCGCUUGGCAUUGUUCGAGGAAGCACCUGCCCCUGCAGAGGCCGCUGCACCAGCCACAAAUCCGACCGCAGGAAGGGCACCACCCAUCGCAACGCUCUGA